AUGUAUCAUUGCGAUAUAAGCUGGAUCACCCCCGAACAUCCGGAAAUUCAGCAUAAACCUGAACACGGACAACAACAACAACAACAACAACAACAACAACAACAAUACCAACAUCAUCCACACCAUCAUAGCAGUCAACUGUCACGAGAACAGGCACCUAAUCUUGCAGACACGAAGACGCACAGCCAUCCGCCCCAGCGACGUCACUACGAUCACCGUAGCUUUGUGAACCUCCUCGCCUCUGAUCCCCGUGGACAGGUUCUGACAGCAGGCCGGUUCCCAUUCGCCAGAGACUUUUUGGAUUCGCAUCGUCACCAGUACGGCGAGAGCGACAACAAACACACACACACUAGCCGCCAUAGUACGACUUCGCCUUCAGGGGCAAUCUCGCCUUAUCAUCGAACUUUGUUAUCGCCGCCAUCAACCACAUCGUCGGUAUCACGUUCUUCUUGA